AUGGUUUCAAUCACGGUAAAUUACACAGAAUAUUUACCUGUAGACGUUUGGUCGCCAUGGACACCAUGGGGAGAUUGUUCUGUUACAUGUAACGGUGGUGUUCAACGAAGGAGUAGAGAUUGUGAAAAUCCUAUCACAGGGGUGAUAAGUGACAAAUGUGACGGUAUAGAUAUUGAGAGCAAGCCAUGUAACCCUGACUCCUGUACAGGAGAUGAGGAAUGUACUGAUGGUAAAGUUUAUGUGACUGACUGUGGUGAAAUUGAAGUAUGUCCAGCUACAUGCGAUGACGUAUCCAGUCCUGGAUCUUGUGUAGACCCUGACGCAUGCGUACCUGGAUGUAGAUGCCCAUUGGAUACAGUAGAACAAGACGGUGAAUGUGUUGACCAAUCAGAAUGUAGAUGUCCAUUUGACAUGAAUGCAUUUACAGGAGUUACUCUCACAUUUGUAUCACUAGUGAAAACUACAGUUGUGACACCACAAUUUGCAGCUCCUGGGGAACCAGGUGGACCAGGAGGACCACAAGGUCCUGGUGGACCAGGUGGUCCUGGAGGUCCAGGAGGUCCAGAUGGGCCUGGUGGACCUGAAGAAAAUCCUGAGGAUGUUGGCAAACCUGGAAAACCGCUUGGUCCUGGUGGCCCAGGAGGACCUGGAGGACCCGGAGGGCCAGGAGGACCAGGAGGUCCUGGAGGACCAGGAGGACCAACUCUUGCUACUGACCAGACAACACCACCUGGUGUGGGACAACCAGGUGGUCCUGGGGGACCUGGUGGGCCUGGAGGACCAGGUGGACCAGGGGGACCAGGUGGCCCAGAUGGGCCUGGUGGACCAAAUGGACCUGGGGGACCAAAUGGACCAGGUGGUCCAAAUGGACCUGGUGGACCAAAUGGACCUGGUGGUCCAGGUGGACCAACUCCAACAUCAGAAGAUGAAGCAGAAAUUCCAGAUAAUGUCGGUGAACCAUUAGGACCCUUGGGACCAGGUGGACCUGGUGGGCCAGGAGGGCCUGGGGGUCCUGGGGGACCAGGGGGACCAGGUGGACCUGAUGGACCAGGAGGGCCUGAUGGACCAUCAUUGGCUCCUGGAGUUACUUUACCUGAUGACAUUGGUGUAAGUGGUGGACCUGGUGGACCUUUUGGCCCAGGAGGGCCAUUUGGACCUGGAGGUCCUGGAGGGCCGUUUGGACCUGGUGGACCUGGAGGUCCAGGUGGGCCAGAACUGACUACAGUAAUAACACCUGCAAUGGCAGAGCCUGGUGAGCCAGGUGGUCCAGGGGGACCAGGGGGACCAGGAGGACCAGGUGGACCUGAUGGACCAGGAGGGCCAAAUGGUCCUGGGGGUCCGAAUGGGCCUGAUGGACCAGGUGGACCUGAAGUCAAUCCAGAAGACAUUGGUGAUCCUGGGAAGCCACUUGGUCCGGGUGGACCUGGAGGACCUGGAGGGCCAGGUGGACCAGGGGGCCCUGGAGGACCAGGAGGGCCGGGAGGACCAACCCUUGCUACAGAUGAGACAACACCUCCUGAUGUGGGGAAACCAGGAGGUCCUGGUGGACCCGGUGGCCCAGGGGGCCCACAAGGUCCAGGUGGACCAGGUGGGCCUGAUGGCCCUGGAGGACCGAAUGGACCAGGAGGGCCAAACGGACCUGGAGGUCCAAACGGACCAGGUGGUCCAAAUGGGCCUGGUGGACCAGGCGGACCCACACCGACACCAGAAGAAGAACUAGAAAUUCCAGAUAAUGUUGGUGAACCAUUAGGACCAAUGGGUCCUGGUGGUCCUGGAGGACCGGGGGGUCCUGGAGGACCAGGUGGACCUGGUGGACCUGGAGGACCUGAUGGACCUGGUGGACCAGAUGGUCCGUCUUUAGCACCUGGUGUAACCCUACCUGAUGAUAUUGGUGUAAGUGGUGGACCUGGUGGUCCUUAUGGCCCAGGAGGGCCAUUUGGACCUGGUGGUCCUGGAGGACCAUUUGGUCCUGGUGGUCCUGGUGGACCAGGCGGACCUGAACUGAGUACAGUAAUAACACCUGCAAUGGCAGAACCUGGUGAACCAGGUGGACCAGGAGGACCAAUGGGACCAGGGGGACCCGGUGGACCAGGUGGACCAGGAGGGCCAAAUGGCCCUGGAGGACCAAAUGGACCUGAUGGACCUGGUGGACCUGAAGUAAAUCCAGAAGAUAUUGGUGAACCCGGCAAACCACUUGGUCCUGGUGGUCCAGGUGGACCCGGUGGGCCGGGUGGGCCUGGUGGUCCUGGUGGACCUGGAGGUCCUGGAGGACCAACUCUUGCAACAGAUGAGACUACACCACCAGAUGUUGGUAAACCAGGUGGUCCUGGAGGACCCGGAGGGCCAGGAGGGCCUGGAGGGCCUGGUGGACCAGGUGGACCAAAUGGUCCUGGGGGACCAAAUGGCCCAGGCGGACCAAAUGGACCAGGUGGCCCCAAUGGGCCUGGUGGACCAAAUGGACCUGGUGGACCAGGUGGGCCUACACCAACACCAGAAGAAGAACUAGAAAUUCCUGAUAAUGUUGGUGACCCAUUAGGACCCUUGGGACCAGGUGGACCUGGAGGGCCAGGGGGUCCUGGAGGACCUGGUGGGCCUGGUGGACCAGGUGGGCCUGAUGGGCCGGGUGGACCAAAUGGACCUUCUCUGCCUGCGGAAAUAACCCUGCCUAAAAAUAUUGGUCAACCUGAUGGACCUGGAGGACCAAAUGGACCAGGAGGUCCUGGUGGACCGGGUGGACCUGGUGGGCCUUAUGGUCCAGGUGGCCCUGGAGGCCCUGGUGGUCCUGUUGUUAUAGUAGCAGUGACCCCAGUAGUUACUACAGUACCUCCACUUGGACAAUACAUUGAUAAAGAUACAAUGUUCCAUGCUGACUGUAAUAAUUGUACCUGUGAAAGUGGAAUUUUGAAUUGUACACACCUCGACUGUGCCACUCCAACACCGGGUGUACCAAUAAGUAUUCCAGAAGUGACAACAGCUCCUUCUGAUGUUUGGUCGCCAUGGACACCAUGGGGAGAUUGUUCUGUUACAUGUAAUGGUGGUGUACAACGAAGGAGUAGAGAUUGUGAAAAUCCUAUCACAGGGGUGAUAAGUGACAAAUGUGACGGUAUAGAUAUUGAGAGCAAGCCAUGUAACCCUGACUCCUGUACAGAUGGGCCUGGGGGUCCCAAUGGGCCUGAUGGACCAGGUGGACCUGAAGUCAAUCCAGAAGACAUUGGUGAUCCUGGGAAGCCACUUGGUCCAGGUGGACCUGGAGGACCUGGAGGGCCAGGUGGACCAGGGGGCCCUGGAGGACCAGGAGGGCCGGGAGGACCAACCCUUGCUACCGAUGAGACAACACCUCCUGAUGUGGGAAAACCAGGAGGUCCUGGUGGACCCGGUGGUCCAGGGGGCCCACAAGGUCCAGGUGGACCAGGUGGACCUGAUGGUCCUGGAGGACCAAAUGGACCAGGAGGGCCAAAUGGGCCAGGUGGGCCAAAUGGACCAGGUGGACCAAAUGGGCCUGGUGGACCAGGCGGACCCACACCUACUCCUGAAGAAGAACUAGAAAUUCCAGAUAAUGUCGGUGAACCAUUAGGGCCGUUGGGUCCUGGUGGUCCAGGAGGACCUGGAGGUCCUGGAGGACCAGGUGGACCUGGGGGACCUGGGGGGCCUGAUGGACCUGGUGGACCAGAUGGUCCAUCUUUAGCACCUGGUGUAACUCUACCUGAUGAUAUUGGUGUAAGUGGUGGACCUGGUGGUCCCUUUGGCCCAGGAGGGCCAUUUGGACCUGGUGGUCCUGGAGGGCCAUUUGGACCUGGUGGUCCUGGAGGGCCAGGUGGGCCUGAACUGACUACAGGCCCUGGUGAGCCAGGUGGUCCAGGGGGACCAGGGGGACCAGGAGGACCAGGGGGACCUAAUGGACCCGGAGGGCCAAUUGUGACACCACAAUUUGCAGCUCCUGGGGAACCAGGUGGACCAGGAGGACCACAAGGUCCUGGUGGACCAGGCGGUCCAGGAGGUCCAGGAGGUCCAGGCGGACCUGGUGGACCUAAUGGACCUGAUGGGCCUGGUGGACCUGAAGAAAAUCCUGAAGAUGUUGGCAAACCUGGAAAACCGCUUGGUCCUGGUGGACCAGGAGGACCUGGAGGACCUGGUGGACCAGGAGGGCCAGGAGGUCCUGGAGGACCAGGAGGACCAACUCUUGCUACUGACCAGACAACACCACCUGGUGUGGGAAAGCCAGAUGGCCCUGGGGGACCUGGUGGACCAGGAGGACCAGGUGGACCAGGGGGACCAGGUGGGCCAGAUGGACCUGGUGGACCAAAUGGACCCGGGGGACCAAAUGGACCAGGUGGUCCAAAUGGACCUGGUGGACCAAAUGGGCCUGGUGGACCAGGUGGACCAACUCCAACAUCGGAAGAUGAAGCAGAAAUUCCAAGUAAUGUUGGUGAACCAUUAGGACCUUUGGGACCAGGUGGACCGGGUGGGCCAGGAGGGCCCGGGGGUCCUGGAGGGCCAGGAGGUCCAGGUGGACCUGAUGGACCAGGAGGGCCUGAUGGACCAUCAUUGGCUCCCGGUGUUACUUUACCUGAUGACAUUGGUGUAAGUGGUGGACCUGGUGGACCUUUUGGACCAGGAGGGCCAUUUGGACCUGGAGGUCCUGGAGGGCCGUUUGGACCUGGUGGUCCUGGAGGUCCAGGUGGGCCAGAAUUGACUACAGUAAUAACACCUGCAAUGGCAGAGCCUGGUAAACCAGGUGGUCCAGGAGGACCAAUGGGACCAGGAGGACCAGGUGGACCUGAUGGACCAGGAGGGCCAAUUAAACAGUUUGAUCCAAUUCCUUUAAAACUUUGA